UUUUAGUCCUUACUUACGAAAAAUGGCGCUGACAAGCAACGUCCGGUCGAUAAAAAGAAAAUAAGAAAUUUCCACAGCGUGUGACUAAUUGGAUGGUUGUCAUGUGUUGAGUCACAUUAUUUUCAGUACAAGUUUACUAUUUAUGUAAUUAUUUUCAUCGUUUCAAUCCUCAGGACAACAGAAACAUAUUGAAAAAAUGGCAGUCACACCCACAGGAAAAGGAAGAUCUUACCAGUAUGAUUCACAAGGAAGCUUUGAUUGGGAAGAAUACCUCAAAGAAAACGAUGCAAUACCAGCUCCCCAGUCUUGUUUCAAACAGUCAGUGGAGCCACCAGUCAACGAGUUUAAACUCCAUCAGAAGAUCGAGGCGGUGGACCCUCGAAACUUGACCUCAAUUUGCGUGGCGACGGUGGUGGGGAUGAUCGGUCCACGCAUCCGCCUGCGACUAGACGGGAGUGACAAUACCAACGAUUUCUGGAGGCUGGUUGACUCGUCCGAUCUCCAUCCAGUGGGUUACUGUGAAAAGACAGGAAAACUGCUACAACCUCCAUUAGGCUUCUGUAAAAACCCCACACUAUGGCCUUCUUUCCUACAAAAGACCCUAACGGGGGCAGAGAGGGCCCCAGAGAACUGUUUCAAGAAGGAGCCCUCCAACCCCAAAACCAAUGAGUUCAAGAUUGGGAUGAAGCUGGAGGCGGUGGACAGGAAGAACCCCCAGCUGAUCUGUCCCGCCACCGUAGGGGCAGUCAAGGGGGAGGAGGUUCAUGUCACGUUUGAUGGGUGGAGGGGGGCGUUCGACUACUGGACCAAGAGGGACUCCAGGGACUUGUUUCCUGUGGGGUGGUGUGCACUGAGUGGCCACCCGCUCCAACCCCCAGGUCAGAAAGGUACAGCCCAAGUGAAGAGCAAGUCCCGGGAACCCUCAGUAUCACAGUCUGCUCACUCUCCAGGAAACCAGAGCAAUGCUUCCAAGUCUUCUUCCACAUCAUCCUCUGGCCCGACCAGUCCUAACCUCCCCCACGACCGGUCCGUUUCCCCCCUACAGGCGGAAUCCCCUGCCAUCACUGUCACUGAACCAGAUACCAGCUCCUCUACCACAGCCACUGACAAAGUUACAAUCUAUGUAAACCACAACUGCAGUUGUGGAAUCCUACUCAAUCCUAAGAAGAUAGAACAGCUUCCAAAUCAGUUCGGACCAGGUCCCUAUCAGAAGGUUCUAAGGGAGGUAAUCCAGUCCUGUGUGGAUUGUGCCAAGCACGAGAAACAGGUGUACAACUUCAUUCAAGAUGGCAAUGGGAAGAUUGUCAUUACAGCAAACCAGGGCAACAAGACCCACACAAAGCGACUGCCCCCGAUCGACAAGGUGUCAGACGUGUGGCGGUUCCUGGAGAAGUCCCUAGAGGAGCUUGGCUGCUGCGAGAACCUGUUUGCCAGUCAGCCAUUACACGGCUUCUGCGCCCAGUGCAACAGGGAGAAGAAGACAGGUAGUGACUUUAAGAAGCCCCUAGAAACAGAGGAGUAUGAGAAUAGAACCUCCAUCAACAGAGCUCUGAAGAGGAGGUGGUCAACAGACUCCCUAGAAAACCAGUCCCAGAAAGCAGCGGCUGCUCAGCAGAAGAUCAGGAGGUACUCCGCCUACGACUCAGCUGAAGCGAGUUCCACAACAGACAGUAGACCCCCUCGUAAACUAUCCGCGGACCCCAAUGAUUGGACGAUUGAUGAUGUGGUCCAAUACAUCUCUGAAGUUGAUUCCAGUCUUGCCACGCAUUCAGAGGCAUUUAGGAAACAUGAAAUCGAUGGUGGAGCUUUCAUGUUGCUGAACAGUGACAUGAUGAUGAAGUACUUAGGACUAAAACUAGGGCCUGUCCUGAAACUCAGCAACAUCAUAGAGAAGCUGAAGGGCAAGAAAAGUUCCCACUAACUAGUCCACAGCUCCGGGCUAACCAAUCACCAGGAGAACCAGUCCAAAUCUGGAGAACCAGUCCACCAGAAGAUGUUCUAUAUAUCUGUGACUUGUGUCUGUGUAGAAAAUACCAUUGUCUUGUCCAUGUUAUUCGUUAUGUGGUGCAUUGCUUGUGGCUGCAGACUCUUACACUCGAGUGUAUGAUAUUUGUGAUAACUGCCAUAGUUUUGUGAAGAACAAGAAGAUAGGGAAGUUUGUCUGUGGUUGUCGUUGUGUUGGAACAUCACGGAACAAAAAUUACUGAAUAAGUAGGUAUACCUUUAAUACCUAUGAAUGUACAUGUAAGUAGUACUACCCAUGAUAAUUGUAUACCUACAUAUGUACUAAAAAUAUCAAUUAGAUUAAAUUCCCUGCAAACCUGCAAAACUUUGAACAAAUUGUGAAAACUGAUCCCCAUGUUACAAUAUGGUGCAGAUAAAAGGCUAAUAAUUAUAUGAGUCUAUAUUUUUUUGCAUGGUUACUGGUUAUGAAUAAUUACUACAUUGCAUAUCAUUAUCCAUGCAUAUGCAUUUUUCAUGAAUAAAAGAAGAAUUGCUGUAGAAAAAUUUUUAAAAAGAAAAAAAAAGAAGUUUUUGUUGGACACGGAACUAGGACAAUUAAUGUUUUUGAAUUAUACCUUCUUGAGGGCUUUAAAAUAAUUCCAGAAGACAAAUUUUCAAUGUCUUGCAUCUUAUGUUAAUAUAAUUGUAUUGUUUUGUUGAAAAAUAGCAAUUCUUAAAUUGAUGAAGUUAAUCUGUGACUGUCUAUGCAUAUUUGCUAUAUUGAACAAUCGUGUUAAUAACAAAUCUUUUUUUGAGAUGGAAAAGAAAGAUUGCUUCAAUUUUGGUGCCAUUUUUCCUGAUCAAUCAUUUUUUUCACCCUCCAUCAAUAUUUUCAUCUUUUCAUCACUGAAAGUGAAAACACAUAUAUAUUGUUAUUGUUAAUUCUUUACAAUGGUGAGCAAUCUUGUUUGUUGAAUUUCUUGUUAAAAUUUGAAAUUGUUUUCUCGAGGCUUGUUAAACUUUAUCGUUAGAUCUAAAAUGUACCGGUACAAAAAUGUGUCUUGGGUACUAUAAAUUGAUCAAUUCUUCUUUUUUCUGAAGGAAAAAUUAAACAGUUUUUUUUUCAUUUCACUGUAUAUUUCUAAUUUGAUUUAUAAAUGUUACAAAUGGAGUUCAUAUUGAUGAAUGCUGUACCUUUUUCAUUUAAACAUAUGAAAAAGAUAUUAUCUCUUAUAUGCAAACAAAAUUUAUGGACUCGAACCUGACAUAUGAAAAAUAGGCCAUGGGAUCUUUUAUGAGAAUUAUUUUUUGCUUUUGAAUUUCAGCAUCAAUUGUCCAGUUUUGUAUGAUUUUAUACAUGUUUAUAGUUUUUUUUCCUUCAUGUUAUUGUAUUUUAGGGGAUUUCUUCAGUAUUGUUUACACAUAUAUUAUUUUUUUUUUCAUUGUCUUGUAAUCGUACUGAUUGUUUACACAGUUUGCUUAAAAGAAAUGACCUUAAUAGUUCUACCAAGUGGAACCUUUUCUCCCGUUUAUAUUAUGUUAUAUGUAAUUGUCAUUAAUACUUAUGUAAUAUGUACGUGGCUGAAGCGUUCCUUACAAGUCAGUGGAAUAUUGCAAUGUUUAUUAAGUUCAAACUUAAGUUACCUCUUGCCCCUGUUAUUUAUUGCUAUUUAAUCAUGUGGUCUAUGUAUAUUUCUUACAGUUAUUCAUUUCCUUUGCAGAUUAACACAUUUUACAAGUUUUGUUUCUAUUUUAACAUAUUAAUUAUAAGCAUACCAGUUUACAUAUAUUGUGUGCGUACUUGUAAAUAAGUUUCUAGGAUUUCAUUUGUACAUAAAAUGUACUACUGUAGAAUGAUAAGUUUUUUUCCUUUCUUUGAUUCAGGGGUUUUUAUGUAUCGAUGUAUUUAUGCUGAUUGUGUUAAAACUCAAUGUAUUGUGUGUAUUUAUGUAAUAUUUGAAAUAUGCAUUAUUUAAAACACAUGUGUGUUCCUCAAACACAUAGGAAUUGGGAUAAUCUGAAGGUACUUAGGUUUUUGAAAAAUAUGUAUGCAUAACACCAAACAAAUUAUUCAAAACACAUAUUUAUCAAUGAUUUAUACAUGUAAUGUUAAUUUCAGUAUUUUAUCAUUUUUAGUUUUUUAUCAUGAUUAAUGACUUACCUAAAUAUGAUUACUUAAAGUAAGUGCUGAUCAUGCAAGACGUUUGGUAAUAUAAACUAUAUUUUAAAAAGAUUACAAUAAAUCAACAAAUUAAAGAUAUCAAUUACAUGUAAAUCAUGUGUAAUUUAGAUUGUUACAAUGUAAUUUCCGUAUCAUAUUAUGCAAUCACAUGUUUUCCUUAAUUUACACAAUCACUGUGGUAACUAGCUGUCAUUUUACAAAAAUAAACAUGCAAUAUACAUGCAGUAAACAUGCUGUAUACAUGCAAAAACCCUCAUUGACAAAUGAACUGCUUUAUUUAGACACCAGUUAAAAGCAGUUUUUAAUACCAACUUGAAGACUGAUGGACUUUUUUUUUUUUUUUUUAUUAAUGAGUGCUUAUCACUGAAGAUAAAUAAUAAAGAUUGAGGAUGCAUGUAAUUAUAUAAAUAUGUAUAUUACAAUGUAUGUUUUUAAUGAAUUCAAUGACUGGACAACUUUGGUUAUAUAUUUCAAGAUCUGUCAGAAGUAGUGAGUUAGAAAAUCCAAAUAAAUCAAUGUGGUGCUAAAAUCUG